AUGAAGGCUGCCAUCCCCAUCCUCCUCGCCGGCUUCGCUGCGGCCGCCGACCUAGCCAGCAAAGACUUCCGCGUCAACAUCAACGACAAAACCGGCGCCAUCGACAAAAUCACCGACCCGCGCUUCAAGAACGCCAUGAACUGGGUAAGCACCGGCUCCAACGCGCCCUGGCUACCGACCGGCAGCCGCUGGGGUCUAGGCUACGCCGACCUGGGCCAGGACUCCCUCCACCGCCACUUCUGGAACUUCCCCCGGAUCACGAAGCGCGAUAAUACCGUCGAAGCAGUCUACAGCGCGGGGUCUCUCGAGCUCCAAGUCAGUCGGAGCGUCGACGACAAGGACCAGUCCUUCACCGAGUCGUACACCUUCACGAACAAAGGCGCCGCGGCGCUGGAUCUGGGCAGUCGAGGGACAACCUCUUUGGCCGUUUACACCCCUUUCAACGACCACUACACGAACACAAGCGAUUGUGUCGCGGCGCGCUCGCAUGCACACGUCUGGGCGUUCGGAGGAGCUUCCUCCUGGGUUAAGCUGAACCAGAUGGGUGGGAAGUAUCGGAAUCUUGGGUUAGUUUUGACGAAGGGCGCGUUGGUGGGCUACAGUAUCGAGGGACGCGACCCAGUCACGCUCUCCAAUACGCGUGGCGCUUUUCUCCUUCAUCCUUCUAUCCAGACGCUCCAGCCGGGCGAGUCGAGCACGAUCGCGUGGACGUGGUUCUGGCACAGCGAUUGGGACGACUUCUUCCAGCAGAGCACCAACCGCUCUGAGCAAUUCGUAAGGAUCGAGACGGGCGACUACACAUCCGUUACCAGGGAGACGGGCUCCAUCUCCCUCAGCGGUGCCUCCGUGAAUGCCAAUACGAAAGUCAGCGGCCAAGCAGUCCAAUGCGACGACCAACUCUGCCAUUACAACUUCACUGCCGGGCGUCCAGGGCGGACGAACCUCGUAGUCACGACAGAUAACGGCUACAACUCGACAAUCUUCCUCAAUACCGUCCCGACAUACGACGAUCUCAUCGAAAGCCGCACCAAGUUCAUCAUCGAAAACCAGCAAGACCACACGCCCGACACCCCAGCCGAGGGAGCCUACCGCGUCUUUGACAACCAAGCCAAUCUCAUCGCGACGUGGGACACCUCUACCGACCGCAAUCCCGGCCGCGAGCGCGUCGGGAUGGGCAUUCUCAUGGCGCGCUGGCUUAAAAAGAAUCCCGAGAACGUCGAGGUGCGGGAAUCGCUGGAGAAGUACUACACUUACGUCUCGACCAAGCUACAGGAAGAGAAUGGUUUUUUUCACAUCACCGUUGCGGCGCUCGAUCUCAAUUUGACCGGGACCGUGGCGGAGAAGACGCCCCUGGAGCGCUUCAUGCUCACCCUGGAGAAAUUUUACGCAGAAGGCGGCGGCCAGCUGUACGCCAUCGGCCUGCCUAUCCUCGAAAGCCUGCGAGCGCUCGAGAAGCACGGGAACGAGGAGUGGUUGCAACGCGCAAAGGAGCUUUUCCUCGCCCACGGCGAAAACAUCGUCACACGAGGGCUAGACUACCCAUCUUUCGAAGUCAACUUCGAACAAUCCAUCGUCGCCCCCGCCGCCGUGAUGCUACUCGAGCUCUGGCGCUACACCAACGACGACAAGUGGCUCGAAGCCGGUAAACUACACCUCGACACCCUCCUCCUCUUCGCCGGCAAACAGCCCGACUACCGCCUCCACGACGUCGCGAUCCGUCACUGGGACGGGUACUGGUUCGGCAAAGACCGUAUGUGGGGAGACACGUUCCCGCACUACUGGAGCACGCUGAACGGCAUCACGCUACAUCACUACGGCAAGGGUUUGAAGAACGAUACCGAAGGCCAGGCGGCGGCGUUGAAGACGGCUGGUGGUAUCCUCCAGAACAAUCUUGCUUUAUUUGAGGCGAACGGGCGCGCGUCGUGUGCGUACAUUUAUCCGACCUCCGUCAAUGGCCGCGCUGGGAACUACAAGGAUCCGUAUGCGAAUGAUCAGGAUUGGGUAUUGGCUCACUUGUUGCAGAUUGAGGAAGACGAUGCCUUUGAUGAGGAGCAAGCAGGCAGAUAA